GCGCACCACGUGGGCCGGUGACUCCGUCCUUCCCGCAGCGGCAGCGGCGCGCAGGGCACUUGGGUUAGUGGCGCGGCGGGCGGCGCGGAUAGCCGAGGCGGACGCCGGCUUCCGCCGCCAUGGUCAUCAAAACGGACGAGUUGCCGGCAGCAGCCCCGGCGGACAGCGCUCGGGAGCCCAGCUCGCAGGCCGGUGGCAAGGGGCGGCCAGGCGCGGCGGAGCUGCCUUCAGUCAUGCUGUUGAAUGGGGACUGCCCAGAGAGCCUGAAAAAGGAAGAAGGGCCUGCUGAACCACCCCGGGAAAACGGGCUCGACGAGACCGAGCCGGGAGAGGAGACCACCGGACAGGAAGUCAUCGUCAUUCAGGACACAGGCUUUUCAGUGAAGAUCCUGGCUCCUGGGAUCGAGCCCUUCUCCCUCCAGGUCUCCCCCCAGGAGAUGGUGCAGGAGAUCCAUCAGGUGCUCAUGGACCGUGAAGACACAUGUCACCGCACCUGCUUCUCAUUGCACCUGGAUGGCAACAUGCUGGACCACUUCUCAGAGCUGCGCAGCGUGGAGGGGCUGCAGGAGGGCUCGGUGCUGCGCGUGGUGGAAGAACCGUACACAGUGCGAGAGGCCCGCAUCCAUGUGCGCCACGUUCGAGACCUGCUCAAGAGCCUAGACCCCUCCGAUGCCUUCAAUGGGGUUGACUGCAACUCCUUGUCCUUCCUGAGCGUCUUUACUGAUGGCGACCUGGGAGACAGUGGGAAGCGGAAGAAGGGCUUGGAGAUGGACCCCAUCGACUGCACACCGCCCGAGUACAUUCUUCCUGGGAGCCGUGAGCGGCCGUUGUGUCCUCUACAGCCCCAGAACCGGGACUGGAAGCCCCUGCAGUGCCUGAAGGUGCUCACCAUGAGCGGCUGGAACCCGCCCCCCGGGAACCGCAGGAUGCACGGGGACCUCAUGUACCUGUUCGUGAUCACAGCUGAGGACCGACAAGUCAGCAUCACAGCCUCCACCCGGGGAUUUUACCUGAACCAGUCCACGGCGUAUCACUUCAACCCCAAGCCUGCCAGCCCCCGCUUCCUCAGCCAUUCCCUGGUGGAGCUGCUCAACCAGAUCAGCCCAACCUUCAAAAAAAACUUUGCCGCCCUGCAGAAGAAAAGGGUCCAGCGCCACCCCUUCGAGAGGAUCGCCACCCCAUUCCAGGUGUACAGCUGGACAGCCCCCCAGGCAGAGCAUGCCAUGGACUGCGUGCGGGCAGAGGAUGCCUACACCUCCCGGCUGGGCUACGAGGAGCACAUUCCUGGACAGACCCGGGACUGGAACGAGGAGCUACAGACCACACGGGAACUGCCUCGGAAGAACCUGCCUGAGCGACUGCUGCGAGAAAGGGCCAUAUUCAAGGUGCACAGCGACUUCACGGCGGCAGCCACACGGGGCGCCAUGGCGGUCAUCGACGGCAACGUGAUGGCCAUCAACCCCAGCGAGGAGACCAAGAUGCAGAUGUUCAUCUGGAACAACAUCUUCUUCAGCCUGGGCUUCGAUGUUCGCGACCACUACAAGGACUUCGGCGGGGACGUGGCGGCCUACGUGGCGCCCACGAACGACCUGAACGGCGUGCGCACGUACAACGCGGUGGACGUGGAGGGGCUGUACACGCUGGGCACGGUGGUGGUGGAUUACCGCGGCUACCGUGUCACGGCCCAGUCCAUCAUCCCCGGCAUCCUGGAGCGGGACCAGGAGCAGAGUGUCAUCUACGGCUCCAUUGACUUCGGCAAGACAGUGGUGUCGCACCCGCGGUACCUGGAGCUGCUGGAGCGCACGAGCCGUCCCCUCAAGAUCCUGAGGCACCGGGUGCUCAACGACCGGGACGAGGAGGUGGAGCUCUGCUCAUCCGUGGAGUGCAAGGGCAUCAUCGGCAACGACGGGCGCCACUACAUCCUGGACCUGCUGCGCACCUUCCCCCCCGACCUCAACUUCCUGCCCGUGCCCGGCGAGGCGCUGCCCGAGGAGUGCACCCGCGCCGGCUUCCCCCGCGCACACCGCCACAAGCUGUGCUGUCUGCGCCAGGAGCUAGUGGACGCCUUCGUGGAGCACAGGUACCUGCUCUUCAUGAAGCUGGCGGCCCUACAGCUGAUGCAACAGAAGGCCAGCAAGGUGGAGAGCCCCACGUCCCUGGAGAACGGCGACGCCCCGUCCUCGGAGUCCAAGCCUGAAGAUCCCCCAGCGCCCGAGGCGGGGGGCGAGGCAGAGGGCAGCAAUGCUAGUGGCCUGGCCAAGGUGAAGGAGCUGGCAGAGACCAUUGCCUCGGACGACGGGACAGCAGACCCUCGGAGUCGGGAGGUGAUCCGCAAUGCAUGCAAGGCAGUGGGUUCCAUCAGCAGCACGGCCUUUGACGUCCGCUUCAACCCUGAUAUCUUCUCGCCGGGAGUGCGCUUCCCUGAGUCCUGCCAGGAGGAGGUUCGGGACCAGAAGCAGCUGCUGAAAGAUGCCGCUGCCUUCCUGCUCUCCUGCCAGAUACCUGGCUUGGUGAAGGACUUCACAGACCACGCGGUACUGCCCAUGGACGGGGCCACGCUGGCCGAGGUGAUGCGCCAGCGUGGCAUCAACAUGCGCUACCUGGGCAAGGUCCUGGACCUGGUGAUGCGGAGCCCGGCCCGUGACCAACUGGACCACAUCUACAAAAUUGGCAUCGGAGAGCUCAUCACCCGCUCUGCUAAGCACAUCUUCAAGACGUACCUACAGGGGGUCGAGCUCUCGGGGCUCUCGGCCGCCAUCAGCCACUUCCUGAACUGCUUCCUGAGCUCCUACCCCAACCCCGUGGCCCACCUGCCAGCCGACGAGCUCAUCUCCAAGAAGAGGAACAGGAGGAGGCGAAACCGGCCCCCAGGGGCAGCGGAUAACACAGCCUGGGCCAUCAUGACCCCCCAGGAGCUUUGGAAGAACAUCUGCCAGGAGGCCAAGAACUACUUUGACUUCAGCCUCGAGUGUGAGACGGUGGACCAGGCCGUGGAGACCUAUGGGCUGCAGAAGAUCACACUGCUGCGGGAGAUCUCCCUGAAAACUGGCAUCCAGAUCCUGCUGAAGGAGUACAGCUUCGACAGCCGCCACAAACCCGCCUUCACGGAGGAGGACGUGCUUAACAUCUUCCCCGUGGUCAAGCACGUCAACCCCAAGGCCUCAGACGCCUUCCACUUCUUUCAGAGCGGGCAGGCCAAAGUACAGCAGGGCUUCCUAAAGGAGGGCUGUGAGCUUAUUAACGAGGCCCUGAACCUGUUUAACAACGUGUAUGGGGCCAUGCACGUGGAGAUCUGUGCCUGCCUGCGCCUGCUUGCCCGCCUCCACUACAUCAUGGGCGACUACGCCGAGGCCCUCAGUAACCAGCAGAAGGCUGUGCUAAUGAGCGAGCGAGUGAUGGGCAUCGAGCACCCCAACACCAUCCAGGAAUACAUGCACCUGGCGCUGUAUUGCUUUGCCAGUAGCCAGCUGUCCACCGCCCUGAGCCUGCUGUACCGCGCCCGCUACCUCACACUGCUCGUGUUCGGGGAGGACCACCCUGAGAUGGCGCUACUGGACAACAACAUCGGGCUGGUGCUGCACGGAGUGAUGGAGUAUGACCUAUCGCUGCGCUUCCUGGAGAAUGCGCUGGCCGUCAGCACCAAGUACCACGGGCCCAGGUCCCUCAAGGUGGCCCUCAGCCACCACCUGGUCGCCCGCGUCUAUGAGAGCAAAGCCGAGUUCCGCUCCGCCCUGCAGCACGAGAAGGAAGGCUACACCAUCUACAAGACUCAGCUGGGCGAGGACCACGAGAAGACCAAGGAGAGCUCCGAGUACCUCAAGUGCCUGACCCAGCAGGCCGUGGCCCUGCAGCGCACCAUGAACGAGAUCUACCGCAACGGCUCCAGCGCCAACAUCCCGCCCCUCAAGUUCACAGCCCCCAGCAUGGCCAGCGUCUUGGAGCAGCUGAACGUCAUCAACGGCAUCCUCUUCAUUCCUCUCAGCCAAAAAGACUUGGAGAAUCUGAAAGCUGAGGUGGCACGGCGGCAGCAGCUCCAGGAGGCCAGCAGGAACAGGGAUAAGGCCGAGGAGCCCAUGGCCACCGAGCCAGAGCCCGUGGGGGCCUCAGAGGAUGCGGCCACCCAGCCCCCGGCUGCCAAGGACCCUUCCUCCCCGAGUUUGCAGGGGUAGAAGGGGAGAGACGGACAGUCAGUCAGCUGCCCCCGGUGAUCCAGACUCCAGGAGAAGGUGGCACGCCCUGCACAUCAGGAGAGGAAUCAAGUCCCUCUUCCUCCACGUUUCCAACCCCAUCCCCACCCCUAGCAUCCUCCUGGGACCCGGGCCUGCCUGAACCCGGAGAUGUUCUUGCACUGGUUCAAUGAACACACGCUGCAGGGGCCUCAUGGAAGACAUGUGAAUGGAGUGUGUGGGCAUCCCCCACAGGUGCCUCUGCAGGUCCCCAUCCACGAGCAGGUGUGUGCGAGUACCUCCGUGCCCACGAGUGCCCUGAUCCAUCCUUCCUGACUUGUACAUAGCCCCGAGCUGGUCCCCAGUGAGUGACGCGCGGAUGGGAUUUCUCAGGUCAUUUGUAUGUGUGACAUGACGGCUGCUGCUUCUGCUGCCACGGCCCCUCAGUCCGAAGUGGCUGAAAGUCCAGGUCUGAAGCCAAAAAGAGUGGCACUUUCUUGUGUCCUAGGAUUGAGGGGGCGGCCUGAGCUCUGCGGAAGGGCUGGAGGACUGGGGAGCACUUUAGCUUUGUGGUGGGGUGAGGGCCGCAGCAGCUUUACUGAUUGUGGUUGGGGCCUGGCCUGGCUGUGCUGGGGGUGGGGAAAGGGGUGGCCAGGGGCAGUUCCCCAGACACCCCUGUGCCCAGCCCUGGUUGUUUGCCCUCCGCCCCAGCAGGAGGUGCUGCCUCCCGCUCCCUGCACCCCAGCUGGGGCUAACCUUGGGGUCUAGUCUGAAUGUAUCCUCCUUGUUGAACCUCAGCUGCCUAACGCACAGUGGGGUGGGGGUGGGGGGGUUAGGGGAACUAGGGCUGAAUCAUGGAUCCUGGGGGAAGAGUUAUAAAUUCAGGAGUGAUUACUUGUUGGUGGAGCCUAGCUCCCUACCUGGACCUCGGCCACACUGGCACCUUUGACAGAGAGGAGCCCUGGGGGUGGCAGGGAGGGGCCUGCAGAAGGCUGCGGCCCCCACAGGCCCCAGCUCCCCCUCUGCCACUGGCCUGUGCUGCUGCUUGGCGGGUGGGGGGAGACGGCCGUCCUUCUGAACUGGAGGGAGCUGUCCCCGUGCUGGGGCCUCUGCCUGGUGGCUUGGCGGGGAGCUGCUUAUGGGUAUGGUCUGUCCGACACCUUGUUUCAAAGGGAGUGGGUGGGAGCUAGCAAGCGAGGCAUCCCCACGGCUGAUCAAGAACUUUUUCUUGUUUUUAAACCAUCACGUCUUCAUUUCACAUUGGAAUAAAGUGAGUUUUUGAAACCUGCU